CCUAGUUUAUUAUUAAUAAUUGUCACUUCAUCAAUUUCAAUGCUUUUCCCAAAUUCUCCCUCGUUUUGUUUUUAACUUUUCCCUCUCUUUUACCCUCCCAAAAUCAUUCCUCAAACCCCCAAAUAUUCUCCACUUCGGGCUCGCGUCUUAUCCGGGUCGACCCGUGUUCGAUUUCGGGUCUAAACUCGGCAUUUUGAAGCUCAAUCUUGCCUUUACUUCACUUUUUUGAGGUGGGUUUUCUCUUUUCUCAUCUGGGGUUUUCUUAUUUUGGCAAGUUUUUGAGCUUUCUUGCCUCUUUAAUGGCGGAUUCUUCCGGAUCUUCUUGCUGAGAUCACUGUGUAAUGUUGUUACUGAUGAGCUGAAAAGGGUGUUUAACCAUUUCCCUUUCUGAUUCGAAGGUUCCUUUUCUUGUUCUUUUCUUGUUUGGGUCAUUUGAAGAUGUUGAACAGCAAAAUGGGUUGCUGUUUGUUGUCAGGCUCCGUUGGUUUGGUGUCGUUGUUAUCAGUGAUUUGUUCUGUGGCGGCCAUAGGUGUUAACUGGGGUACUCAGUCGACUCAUCCGCUGCCGCCGGAGACCAUUGUUAGGAUGCUGAGGGACAAUCAGAUUCAGAAAGUGAAGCUAUUCGAUGCUGAUUAUGGAACGCUUAGAGCUCUGGGGAAGACUGGGAUUGAAGUCAUGGUUGGGAUUCCUAAUGAUAUGCUCUAUACUUUUGCUAACAGUGAGAAAGCAGCUGAGAAAUGGGUUUCAAAGAAUGUCUCUGUUCAUAUUAAUGAACACCAUGUUAACAUUAGAUAUGUUGCUGUAGGGAAUGAGCCUUUCUUGGCAACUUACAAUGGAAGCUUUCUCAGCACAACCUAUCCAGCUCUGCGGAAUGUUCAGAGUGCUCUUAUAAAAGCUAAUCUAGGCAACCAAGUAAAGGUAACCGUCCCGCUGAAUGCCGAUGUCUAUGCAUCGUCAACCGACUAUCCAUCGGGUGGCGACUUCCGAACUGAUAUACAUGAUUACAUGCUUACUAUCGUCAAGUUCUUGAGCGAUUCCGGUUCUCCGUUCACCGUCAACAUUUACCCCUUCAUCAGUCUCUAUAGCAACCCGAACUUCCCCGUCGAAUAUGCUUUCUUUGAUGGCAAUGCAACACCCCUAGUCGAUGGCGGGACAACAUAUUUCAACAUGUUCGAUGCAAAUUACGAUACUCUUGUGUGGGCGCUUCAGAAGAAUGGCUAUGGAAACUUACCAAUCAUAGUCGGGGAGAUCGGUUGGCCAACAGACGGGGAUCGUAACGCCAAUCCCAUCUAUGCUCAACGCUUCAAUCAAGGCUAUAUGUCACACAUAUUAGGCGGGAAAGGAACACCAAUGAGACCAGGUCCAAUCGACACGUACUUAUUUAGUCUAAUCGACGAAGACUCAAAGAGCAUCGAUCCAGGGAACUUCGAACGCCAUUGGGGCAUAUUCUACUACGAUGGCCGACCGAAGUACCAACUCAGCCUCGGAAAUUCAAACAACGGGUCCUUAGUCGGAGCCAAAAAUGUGCGUUAUUUGGAACGAAAAUGGUGCGUGAUGAAGCCAUCUGCUCACCUUGAAGACUCGCAGGUUGCACCGAGCGUCAGCUAUGCAUGUUACCAUGCUGAUUGCACCAGUCUCGGGUACGGGACGUCUUGUUCGGGGCUAGAUGCGAGGUCGAACAUUUCUUAUGCAUUUAACAGUUACUAUCAGAUGAGCAAUCAAGCAGAGGAUGCGUGCAAGUUUUCAGGGCUGUCGACAGUGACCAAUAGUGAUCCAAGCUUUGGGAAUUGCAGGUUUGGUAUAACGAUUGAGCCAGAUUAUGGCGGCUCAGAAGGAAGAACAGGGCGUUGUUUCAGAAGGCUGUUGGUGUUGCUUUCUGGGCUUGUUCUUAUUUUAUUGACAAUUCUAUGAAGGAUUUAUGGCUUCUAAUUUAUGUCUUAAGGGAAUGUUUACCCAAUGAAAGGAAUGGAAUGAAAAUGUAAAAAUUGGGGAAUUCUUUAUAAGAGCCAUUUUUUUUUGUCUUU